AUGGCUUGUCCCCCACGAGAAACGUUUCAGAUCGGUUGGAUAUGCGCCCUACCGAUUGAGGCUGCCGCAGCCAAGGAAAUGCUGGAUGAACAUUUUGGCAUCCUUGAUGUGCAAGAUCAAAAUGACUCAAAUACCUAUACUUUAGGUCGAGUUGGCAAACACUAUGUCGUGAUCGCCUGUCUCCCCGGCGGCCAAUAUGGAACUACGUCGGCCACGACUGUCGCAAACAACAUGGUUCGCACUUUUUCAAAAUCCUUCCGCAUUGGUUUGAUGGUCGGUGUUGGGGGUGGAAUCCCGUCGCCUACUUAUGAUAUCCGGCUCGGCGAUGUUGUGAUUAGCUGCCCUGAAGGCCUUUCUGGCGGAGUACUCCAAUAUGAUAUGGGGAAGGUCGGUGCGAGAGGAGAGUUUCAUCGUAUUGGCUCUCUCAAUAGCCCACCUAGGGCUUUAUUGACAGCAAUCAACUCGUUGAGGGCCGCUGAGCUUACGGAUGAACCUGACUAUCCUGGAUAUCUUCUUAAGGCGAUCGGUAGAACGACACGUACCCAGAAAAACUUCGGCCGACCACAACAGGACCGGCUAUUCAAACUUGAACAUAAUCAUCCUAAGACUGCGAAUAACUGCGAUAGAUGCCUAGCAGAAUGGGAAGAGACACGCAGUGAACGAGACACUAGUAAUCCACAAACCCACUAUGGCGUUAUUGCAUCUGGUAAUGCUGUUAUCAAGGAUGCAUAUACGCGCGAACAGCUUAGGCUAGCUACUGGAGCAUUAUGCUUUGAAAUGGAGUCAGCCGGCUUGAUGGUGGACUUCCCUUGCAUUGUUAUCCGCGGUAUCUGUGAUUAUGCCGAUAUGCACAAGAACAAGCAGUGGCAAGGAUAUGCAGCCUUAGCAGCAGCAUCAUAUGCUAAAGAGCUACUAGAGUACGUACCUAUUGGUCAUGUGUCGCAAGAGGAUUUAGUGGUCGACAAAUGCAAGGGACUCAAAGAAGAAAUUGAAGCCACUAAUCGGCGCUUAGACCGAGUAUACAGUCAGCGAGAACAACAUUAUCAGGAGCAGAAAUUUCGCGCUUUGACAGAUCAGCAGCAGAGAUGCCACCAAGUUUUCAAAAUCGCAAAUUACACGGAGCAAAAGAACAUCAAUCCAAAACGGGCAGAAGGAACCUGUCAGUGGGUUUCGAAUAGUGACGAAUACGUCCGUUGGUCGAAGAGCUGCCGCAAUGAUCUUCUCUGGGUAUCAGCCGACCCAGGCUGUGGAAAGUCUGUCCUCGCCAAAUCUAUCGUCGAUGACCACUUGAAGAAGACCGGAUCGGAGGUGAUAAUAUGUCACUUCUUUUUUAAGGAUAACGAUGAACAGAAUAGUCUUGCUACCGCAUUAUGUGCAAUACUUCAUCAGUUCUUCUGUCAACGUCCUGAUCUUCUACAUUAUGCAAUACCUUCGUGGGAAAAGAACGGAGAGAGACUUCAGCACGAAGCCGACGAGCUUUGGCGGAUAUUUCUUAUAGUAACAUCAGCUGAGACAUCAUGCAAGACCGUUUGUGUCCUUGAUGCGCUUGACGAGUGUUGCGAUCCUGAUCAAGGCCGGCUAAUUGAGAAGCUCGAAAGUUUUUACUGCCAGUCGCAUUCAUCAACACAGGAAAAGUGGUUGAGAUUCCUAGUAACUAGUCGCCCCUACAAUCAUAUCCAGUAUCAGUUUCGAGUGAUCAUGGAUUCUUUCCCGUGCUUACACCUCAAGGGAGAGGAGGAAAAUGAUCGAAUUCACGCGGAGAUAGACCUAGUCGUGAAGGUCAGAGUUCGAGAGCUAGCUAAAUUGGCACGAUUACCUUCGGCUAUAGAGCAGCAACUUGAAGAACGACUCCUUCAAAUGGACCACCGCACAUAUCUUUGGCUACAUUUAGCCAUAGAAGACAUUCAGGAAACCUUCAAGAAUAGCCUUCGGCCUGCUAAGGAAUCAAUCCGACUGAUACCGACUUCUGUGAACGCGGCAUACAGGAAUCUUCUCAGUCGAGUCCCACUCAAGCAGAUAGGUACGGUGGUAAAGAUCCUACGAAUUAUUCUCGCGUCACGACGUCCUUUGACUAUACGAGAGAUGGCUAUGGCGCUAGGUAUAGCUAUCUCUCCAUAUUCGAAAACUGCAGCGGAGGCUGGACUCGACCCGAAUAACUUGGAUAAAAAGAUACGACAGCUAUGCGGUCUAUUUGUUUUUACCAACAAUUCCAAGAUUUACCUGAUUCAUCAGACAGCGAGAGAGUUUUUACUCAGAACAGAAACUGCAGACUAUCUAUUUUCUGGCUACUCGUUUAGCUCAAACGCUAUCGAGGGCCAAAUGGCUGGGGUAUGUUUGAGAUACUUGUGGAUGGAGGAUUUGGAGAACAAUGAAGCCUAUAAAUGCUCUAAUUCUGGAAAUUUUCUCGAAUAUUCAGCGGUAUAUUGGCCUGAUCAUGUGCGAAAUUCGACCUCAGCUCUGGACUCAGAAGAGAACGAGUUGCUGUAUCAACUCUACAACACCACUACCGAGCGAUUUUCACUUUGGUUUCCUCUAUUCUGGAGGGCAAUGGGUCCGUACGGGGCGCCAACAAUGAAUGGGAUCCAUCUGGCGGCUUUCAACGGGCAUUUGGAAGUGAUCCAGCGGCAACUUAGCGAAGACGAGACUAUUUUGGAUAUAGCAGAUAGCACAGGAUCAUGCCCAUUAAAGUGGGCCUCAUUUAAUGGGCACCACGACGUUGUACAACUGAUGCUGAAUUACUGUGCCGACGUCAAUACUCCUGAUAGUGAUCACGGUACUAUCCUGCAUGCUGCUUGCAUUGGAGGACACGACAAAGUUGUCCAAGUGCUGUUAGAUAGCGGAGCUAAAAUCGAUACUGAUGUUGAAGGGUUUGGCACAGCUUUGCAGGUUGCUUGUGACCGUGGAUACGACAAGAUUGUGCAGAUCCUGUUAGAGAGCGGAGUUGAGAUCAAUACGCCGGAUGGGUACUACGGCUCUGCCCUACAAAUUGCUUGUCUCGGAGGCGACGACAAGAUUGUACAGAUGCUACUAGACGGCGGAGCUGAUACCAAUUCUUGGAACGCUUGGUGUGACGAGUUUGAGUAUGGCAGUGCUCUGCAGGCUGCUUGUUUUAACGGUCACGACAAAAUCGUGAUGAUGUUGUUAGAAAACGGAGCUAAUGUCAGUGCGCAAGGUGGGAAAUACGGCACUGCUCUACAUGCCGCGUGUGACCGUGGACAUAGCAAGGUUGUGCAGAUGCUAUUAGGGGGUGGAGCUAAUAUCGAUACAGGGGGUGGAUACUACGGCACUGCUCUUCAAACAGCCUGCUUCAGAGGACACGACAAUAUCGUGCAGAUAUUAGAAGAUCACGGAUCUGAUGUUGAUGGGCAAAAUAGGCAAGUGUAG